AUGCCUCCUCGUAGUCCCAAACGGCGGAGCAAGUACAGUGCAUUCAUGAUAUCCCCUGUGACCGCUGGAUUGCUCAUCGCUACACCCAACAUCCUUUUGCUUCUUUAUUUUUUCAGUGCCGAUGUCCAUCAUGCCAAACAUGAAGACGGAUCUGAGUUGAUUCGAGGUCAGGCUGCUGUAAGGCGCCAACUAUCAGGGAACACAGAGGAGAUUCUGACUGACAUCAAAGUCGAAAUCGUCAAGCUCGAGAAGCAUCAGUCGGAGAUACAGAGAGAAACUUCGCAGAUCCGUGAUGAUCUCGGAGUGGUUAUCAAGAAAUUCCUGUUAUUGCGGGACAGAUUCAAGAAUCGAUCGAUUCAACUUGAUUACAACAGAAACACUUCCGAGCUUCAUGGGACCUCUCGCACACAAGUCAAUCAAUCGCACACCAACACACAAUGGCUGCAACCGCCGCAGCUUCAGCCGCAACCGCCGCCUUCACCACAACAGAGACAGCAUCUCAAUCUCACCAAUGAAGACAAUCAUGCUGAGAAGGACCUUGCCCUUGGCUUGGUCGACAAGCUCCAUGAGGAGUACACCUCCAUCUUUGUCCUCUCCCUCCGCCGAUUCUCCCCCUCCUCCGACAUCGUCCUCUUCCUCAGGGCCUCCACUCCCCGACUCGACGCCCUCCUCAAGAAUCAUGGCGUCAUCUCUGUCAAGUACGCAGAGGAGGACAUCUCGCAAGCAGCGAUGAGGAACCAUAGCUCCUUGACGUACCGUUGGCUCGUGUUCGAGCGUUUCUUGGACCUUCAUGGAAAGAACUACAGGCGCGUGCUGCUGGCAGAUGUUGUACAGGUUGCUUUCCAGUCCAACCCCUUCGACGUGAUGAAGAAACCAGGGCUGUACGCCUUCAGCGAGUCCAUCAGUCUCAGUCAAGACGAGUGGACGUCGAACUGGAUCCGGGCUUGCUUCGAGAGCUCUGUCCUGACGCCGCUGCCCGACAAGGAAACCCUCAAUGUCGGGUACGUCAUGGGCUCCAUUGACCGCGUCUUGCCCUACGUCAAGGUCAUGGCCGCAACGAUCAGGUCCGUCACCCGAGCUGACGGCUGUCGAGGUGAGGGCGUGGACCAGGGCGUGCACAACGUCGUUGCCUACACCGACGCAUCUUUCAGCGACCUCGUCGUACAGAACCAGAACAACGGAGCUGUCGGGGAGCUGCAGAGCCCCUUCGCCAUGACUUACAACGCCGGGGUGAAGGCUGUUAUCAACGGGAUGGGUGUAGCUGCAGCAGUGGUGCUGCGCUACUACCACGUGCCGGAGGUGAUGAAGCUUCUGUUCAACAGCUAUGUGGUGUGGGACGUACACAACGUGUCGAAGGGGACGGGGGGCUGCUGGAGGUACAUGCUGAUGACCCACGUAGAGCUCUUCAAGGGCCAUGGCGACUUCGCAGACUCGUCGGUAGAGAGAGUCGCAUCACCGCUGGGCUGCUGUGAGAUAUGCGACCGCAACCAGCAGUGCAACGGCUUCACGCAUUUCGACCAGACGUGCUGGAUGAAGUCGAUCUCACGAUCGCCGAAGCCAGAGGAAGGGUUUCCAGUGCCUGAGAGCACCUCCGGCUGGAAGAUCUAUACCAAUCUGUGA